AUGACAUUUUCUUUUUUCUAUGGAUAUGAAGAUUUGAAAGUCAAGAGAUCUGAUUUUCCAUGUACUUUUAUUUUUGGAGCCGCUACAUCAGCACAACAAAUUGAAGGCUCAGGAAAUGAAGGUGGGAGAGGACCAAGUAUAUGGGACACCUAUGCUGCAACUCCUGGUAAUAUUAAGGAUGGAAAUAAUUCUUUAAUAGCAACUGAUUCAUACAGAAGAUACAAGGAAGAUAUAAAGCUCUUAAAGGAUCUGGGAGUCGAUUCUUACAGAUUUUCAAUUUCUUGGUCAAGGAUUUUGCCUAAGGGUUCACUAUGUGGUGGAAUAAAUCAAGAGGGUAUUGACUUCUACAACAAUUUGAUCAAUGAAGUAAUAGCAAAUGGCAUGAAACCAUUUGUCACAAUUUUACAUUUUGACACACCACAAGCUCUUGAAGACAAGUAUGGUGGCUUUUUGGGUCGCCCAAUUGUAGAUGAUUUUAAGGACUAUAGUGAACUUUUGUUCAAAACAUAUGGAGACAGAGUAAAACAUUGGAUUACAAUUAAUGAACCAUUUGUGGUUGCACUGGGAUAUGACUUGGGAAAAGGUGCACCGGGAAGAUGUUCGCUACCGCCGCCUGUCGGCCCAUGUCCGGCAGUUGGUAACUCAUCCACAGAACCUUACAUUGUAAGCCAUAACUUUAUCCUUGCUCAUGCUGCAGCUGCAAAGCUCUACAAGGCCAAGUACCAAAAAAUACAAGGAGGAGAAAUUGGCAUUGUUGUUGUUGGGGAGUUUAUGGAACCAUUAACAGACACAGAAGAUGAUAAAGCAGCUGCAAUAAGAUACAUGGAUUUUCUUUUUGGAUGGUAUUUGGAACCAUUGAUAUUUGGAGAUUAUCCACAAAUCAUGAGAGAUUAUGUUCAAGAGAGAUUACCAAUUUUCACUAUAGAAGAGAAGAGGUUGAUAAGAGGGUCUUUAGAUUUCAUUGGGGUCAACUACUACACCUCAAGAUAUGCUUAUAAAUCUCAACCAGUGGAGCCAAAACACUAUAUUGGGGAUUCCUUAGCAACAAUCACAACUUUGAAAGAUGGCGUUCUAAUUGGUCCAAAGGCAAAAGGAAAUAGAUAUGUGUACAGUUAUCCAAUUGGGUUACAAAAACUAUUGGAGUACAUGAAUAUAAAAUACAGAAACCCUGUAAUUUACAUUACAGAGAAUGGAUAUCCUGAUGCAAAUGUCCCAGAUCGACCACUUCAAGAUUCACUUAGUGAUCAAGUUCGAAUUGAUUACAUUACUCAACAUUUAUUCUACACUAAAGAAGCAAUAAAGAAUGGUGUUAAUGUGAAAGGUUACUUUUAUUGGUCACUAUUAGACAACUUUGAAUGGGGAAGUGGAUAUACAAAUAGAUAUGGAUUAUACUUUGUUGAUUACACUCAUAAUCUUACACGAUAUCCCAAACAAUCUGCUCUAUGGCUUCCUACAUUUUUGAAACAAAACCCUAAAUGACACUUCAUUAGCCUCCGAAAGAGGAAGAUCAGUUGGGAUUAAUUUGGUUCUACUCAACAACAACAAAUAUUUUAUCAUCAAUUAAUAUUAUUGUAAUUAAUCCAAAACAUCACUUGAAAAAAAAAUGAUUCAACUUAUCCCUCUUAAUUAGUUACCAAGUGUAUACCAUGAUGAUUGAGUAAAAGUAAGAACUUUUAGAUGAUGAAGUUAGAGACUGAGGCAGAGGUUCAAAUGUAUAAAUUUUAGAUCAUGGAAUGGACAAUUGAGUUUUAAUGUGUAAAUGUGUUAUAAUGAGGUUAACAACAUGAUAUAGUGAUAAUAUGAAUAAGUGUACUAUGAGUUAAAAAUCAAAUUAAUUGUCAAUAUAUAGAUGAAAUACCUCUAUGAAAGCUCCAUGCAUGCAUAUGUAAAGCUCUUCUUGUCUUUGUCUUGCUAUUGUUCAAGAAGACGUACUUAAUAAUUAUGAUUACAAUUAUAUAUGAAGGUUUGCAAAUUGAGGAAUUGGGUAUUGUUGUGCAUAGUUUUAUAUACAUCUAAGCUAGUAUUGUAUAGGCAUCAUCAUUGAGUGUUAAAUUUAUAAAUUAGUUAAUCAUAAAACGCUUAAUUAAUUUUAGGAAAAUGUUAGCAUGAUUAAAAAGGAAGACAAGAAAAGAUAUAGGGACAUCCUUCUUUAAUUUAUUUGGGUUGGAUUCGAAUGCCUUCUAUUGUAUGAGUAUUAAAUCUUCUAGACAUGUUUGGACAGAAAGAAAGACAUUGAGAAAGAGAGAAAGAGAGGAAAAGAUUUGUAAGAGAAUGAAGCUUUUCAUUACUCAAUCAAGUCAUCAAACUGUAUAUACAAUAGUGAGCUCAAGCUCAAGAUAACAGAAAACCGAAUACAAGUUUGUAAGAGAAGGCAGUUGGACAAAUAGCAGAAUUGACCAACUAACAA